AAUGGGAAUGUGGUGAAGUAAAGCAGGGCCUUCGGGCCUCGACGAGACUACAUUUUGUGUGUGGUUGGGGAUAUUUCCUUCGGAGCUGCUGCUGUCUAUUUGAAUUCGGAGGCUAUCAAAUACGGUUCUCUUGGUGAAAUUUUCUCGUCGCAAGAAGUAUUUUUGUGGGUGGUACAAGGGGAAUUGCAUUUGUGCACCAAAAAGUACCAAAAGUUUCACCACGGAAGGUGUGAGUGUGAGUUUUUUUCACCAAAAAUCGCGGUGAAAUCCACGAAAAGGGUGCAAAAGUGGUGCAAGUUGCGUGAAAAAAAUUUCGAAAAAUAAGAAAAAUUCUUUCGAAAUUUUUGUGUGUUUCCCAUUGGUGGUGUAUUUAUGCUAAAAUAAUGACAUUGGCUACUGCAAAACAACAAAUCAAUAGACAAAAUUAAUGGAAUUCAUCCCAAAUUUAUGUUGGUGGGAUUAAAAAACGCGAAAUCUGAAGAGCUGGACUUGAGUUCCUUCAGAAACAGCAGCAGCAACAACAACGACAACUCAAAUGUCCAUGCCGUCAACAUCGUCUGUAGCAGGAGGCCCGCCAGAUACCAACCGACAGCUUUUUAGCGUAAAGCAAGAGAGACACGACGAAGCGGAGAUUUUGGAGUUGGCUGCCAAAAUGAUGGAGAGUCACAAGGCGCAAAUGACCAAAGCGGCACAACAGCAGGCAAUGCAACAGCAAAUGCGUUCUGUGAAUGUGAUCAAUAGCACAGGUCAGACGAAUAUAUUAAAUUAUUUCCCAAGAAAAACCUCACAGCAAGGAUCGUCGUCAUUACAAGCAGCUGGAACAAGUGCUUCGAUUGUACCGACGACCACACCAGCGGCAGCGUCAGCGGUGACGGCAACGAAUGGUGGUACGUACAACGGGAAACAACCAAAUGGUGAGACAACAUCGAGCUCUGCAAGUCCCGACGGCAGCACCGAGAAGAAGCCAUGCGAUGAGGAGAGUCAAAAGGGUCACUUUGGAUGGCAUACAUUCAAUAAAUCCAUCUACAUCCCCUAUAUCCUGAGAUCCGGGGAAAAGUACUGCGCUGUGCGUAUUGUGGAGAGUAAACUUCUCAAUAAAUACUUGAACUACCUCCACCAUGAUAUCUACAGUUGCACAUGCGUUCGCAGUUACUACAUUACCGAAGCCGAGGGGAGGCUCCUCAAUGAGAUUAAUCAUAAGCACAGUGAAUCACAUUUUGGGCGAGAAAUGUUCACUGUAAAGGAUUUAGUUGUUCGCCUAUCUGACGUGAGCAAAUUCUGGACAUUCCUUGAUGUUUGCUACAAGAAACUCCUUAUGGGAAACAAUGGGCAGGGGCAGUCCGAGAAAUGUGGAUUUAUUAGGAUUAACAAAGAAUCUGUAGUUCCUUAUACCGUUCGUGAUGGACAAAAGUUUGUUCCAUUGUUCUACUUUGAGGGCGAAACGGAGAAUUUGAAGUUGAAAGCUGACAAUUUGUCCGGCUGGGAUUUGUCCUAUUUGAAAUUUUGCUGCAAAGUCCAAGGGAUACGCAAUGAGUUGUUUGCCAGUGAUAAGGUUGCAGUAAUAAGUUUGACUGAUAUCAAAAGUUACUUUCCACCUGGAACGCAAUUUGAGGACUACUGGCCAAAUAAGGUGGUGGACACACAAUUACUGGUGCAAAAGUCAAAUGCCAACAGUUCCGUACAUUGGACACGACAACCUACAGCUCCACCACCGAAACCAACAUCCAGCACCCAGUCAAAGGCAGCACCGACAAGGAAGCAAGCAACGGCUGUCUCCUAUGGUAAUGCUGCCAUGUCACAGGUUAAUAUGCAACAGCGACUGCCUGGGCAAAUGGGAAGCACAAAUACACCCGUUGUGUCCAAUGUGUGGUCCAACUUGACAAGUGUCUCAGGUCUCAAUUUGACUCCUGGGCAGCAGGAGCAUGUUCUAAGGAUGGCUCAAGUUGCACAACAGGCUCAAUCCCAACGAGCUUACCCAACGACAAGAUCUCAAGUACAGAAUAUUAUGCAACGUCAGCCCUACAAUGUGAACUUCCCACCCGUGGCGGCUGCUGCGGCAGCAAUGUCUGCAAUGACUGGUCUCUCUUCUAGCUCUAAUCAGGUGCCCCCACCUCUCAUACGAGGUGCGCAGCAAGCACCCACUAGUCAUCACAUGUCUAGUUGUGUUACUGGUCCACCAUCAUUACGCUCUAGUAAUAGUCUGACGAUAAAUCCUGUUGCCACUCCUUCCCACCUAUUGCCUCCUCCACCACCUUACAGUGCAUCCAGUAAUCACCUCCACGAAUAUCUGCUGGCAAAUGUUUCGUUGGCAUCAUCACCAAAAAACAACCACUACGCAAGUGGUGGUAGUAACAAAACUACGUACAGUACAUCCAAUUACAAUAACAACAACACCGAUUAUCUCUUGAAUAACAACAUUUUGAAUGCGAUAUAUUCAAAGACAGCUGUAACGUCAAUAGCAAAUCAUCCGGUUGGCUCACCGGCCCGUGCAUCGCCAAAUCAAAGCCAUAGCGUAUCGUCGAGUGGUCAGCCGAAGCAGCCGCCGCCACCGCUAAUACCAAUGCCCAAUACAAGUGCUAGUGAUGCAUUUAGUGCAAUACGGGACACAUUGCAGCAAUUGCGAAGCUUAAAAUCACUCACCACGACAUUCUUGCCACAGAAUAUUCCCAUUCCCGAUCCCUAUGGUAGCCCGUCACCAUCCUCUCAUGCUGCCGGUACCACAUCGCCAUUUUCCCUCCAUCCACUAUCCAUGGUGCCGGCAGCACAGAGUCCUGUGGAUAUCAAACCACAACCACCAACCUUUUCUCCAUCCCUCGCAAACAGACAAACGAAAAGCGUAACUAUGUCAGCAACGGAUGUAAUCGAUCUGUCUUCCCCUCCAAGGUCGGCCGCCAGUUUACUCCAUCAUCAACAGCAGCAGCAGCAACAGCACCACCAUCAGCAGCACCACCAGCAGCAGCAGCAGCUGCAACAGCAGCAACAGAUACUUCAGCAGCAACGUGGUCAACAAAUACUGACCAAUGGGCGAUGCAAUACAAAUGCACAGAAUUUAAUGCAUGGCGCCCCAUCGGCUGCGAGUGCUGCUGCCCAAGUGGCGGCUAUGCAGCAACAUCAAAGGCAAUCAUCGGUGGAUGCGUCACGCCUCUCGGCGAUACCCGAGAUGGUGUCGCACAAUGGCAAUGUGCCCUACAAAAUGCAAAAGGCACAAAUUGAUGGGUGCACGGUGCCGUGUAUCAAUAUGAAGGCAUACACGUACACUGAUUUGCUCAUGACGCUUGCCGAUCUCAAAGAUAUUUUCUUUCCACACAUGACACUCGAGAACUGCCGAAAGGUACUCGAUGUCCUCAAUGUGGAGUUGUACAAAGGAAACAGGAGUCAAUUGAAGGUGUUCCAGGAGUAUGGGCAUCAUGGCAUGGAGAAUAUGGCCCUGGUACUGGUGCAGGAUAUCAUCAAUUUCAUGCCACAGCUCAAGUACAUGGUACGGAGUCAGACACAGGAGCAGCCUGCACACAAGCGGGCGAGGAUCAGCUAGGAAACGGGGUGGGGGGUAACACGAAGCCCCCAGAAUGCAAUUGUUUCCGGGGAAAAUCACACAAAUAUCACAAGUAGCAAAGACAAUAAUGCAGAUGCAAAUGGAAGCAGCAGCAGCGGUAGUAGCGGCGUAACUGGCGCUGGUAGCAAUCGUACUGCAAGUGAAGGUGGUGAGAGCACUUGGAGGAAUAUCCUUUCGGACUUUUCGACACAGUAUCCGAGUGUGAGGACAAGUUUGGCACUGGAGACAGCUGAGAAGGCACACAAUCUUGCACAGUUGGCCCAAUUUCCAUCACCACCAGUCCCACCGAGUAACUAUCACCAUCACCAUCAUCAUCACGAUGGUGGGAAGAAGCUCUACUCGGCUUGUCGGUACCAAAAUGACAAACUCGACUACUACUCACCGUCGGCCCUUGCUGUUGCGGCCGGAUACAAUGCCAUGAGCUACGGGAAUACGGAAACAGUUGCAACGUCCGUGAACAGAAAUUCAUCGUACAUUCCACCACCGUCACCAUUUUCAACACUCAAUGAGCAUCACCAUCAGCAGAUGCAGCAGCAUCAGCAGAGUGCAAUCUAUGCGGCGGCUGUUGCCGCUGCAGCGUCCCAUUUCCCAACGGGGGCGUCUAGUGGUGCAUCCGGUGGUGGCGCUGCUGGCAGUGCAAAUGCUGCCGGGAGCAAUUCCUACCAUUUACAAGUGCCAAAUGUGGCUGGUUCUGUUCACGACACUGGGGCUGCACGAUCAUGUGCACUGCCAUCGCCCACAAUUUACCCCCCAACACCCCCACCGUCGGCGCCAUGGGUUCAUCCAUGGUUCGUGGGUGAUUCAUUUUAACUCAAUUCAAUCGAGUGAGAGUAUUUUUAUUAAAAAAAAAAGAUUUUUUUCUGUAUAAAAAAAACAUGCUUAAAAUUGAAAUUUUUGCAAAUCCAACUGAAAAAACAUUUUAACGCAAAAAAAUCGCUGUGUAAAUUACAUUAUAGGAUAUCUCAUUUAGUAAUAUAAACAUAGAAAUACAUUGAUGAUGGAAAAAAUCAUGAUAAUUUUUCUAGGAUUAUUACUUCUCAAUGUAUUAUAAGUUAAACAAGGUAAAUUAUUAUUAUUAUUAAUUAUUAAAUUAUUAGUAAAGCGAAAGAGGAAAAUCAAAGGACUGAAUUUAUUUAAAAAAGAAAAAUAAAAAAAGAAAUGUUUUUACUUACUCUUAGAAGAAGAAAAAAAAGACUAUACUAGAAAGGAAGAAUAAAAAAAAAAGAAUUUAUGGUCACAUUUUCAAUUAAUUGAAACAUCUCUCUUUCCGGAAAUGUAUAUUAUUUCAUAAAAAAAAAUUUUACUUUUCCCAUUGAAAAAAAAAGGAAUAAUAAUUUCAAAAAUGAUUUUUAUACAUUAGAAAAUAAAAAAAAGAAAAAUUAUAUGGAAUAGCAUUCAAUUAAAUUGAUGCAGUGAGUAUAAAUUUAUAUUUAAUUAUGAAUUCCAAUGAAAGAAAAAAAAAGAAAACAUUGAUAAAAUGAGAAUAGAGACGUACAUUGAAACUAAAAGCAAGAAAUUUUCAAAAGAAAGAAAACUUAGUAAUUCACGUAGAAUAAUAAAAAUUUUAUCUUUUAUUUUCAUUAUUAAGUUUUGUGUUUUUUUUUUUUGUAGAGAUACAAAAGUGAAAUUCGCGUGGAAUUAUUUCUACAAGCAGAAAAGAUAUUAAUACACAAAAAAAUGAAGAUGAAAAAACUAUGUAUUUGUCUGUAAGAAUAGAAGAAAAAUCAGAACAUUUUACUUCUAAAAAAAUGCUUUGAAAAAGUAAAAUAAAAAGAAAAUAUAUAAAGAAAUGUUUGAUGGAGAAAAAUAAGGGAAAAAGUAAACCAAAAGCAAACUAAUAAAAGAACGAAUACGUCAAGAUGAAUUUGUUGAUCAUUACAUAAUAAAACUUGUAGAAGAGGAAAUAAAGGCAAUCUUCGUAUUUGAUGUUACCGUAAAAGAAAAAUUUGUCAUAAAAGGACAAGAAGAAAAAUAUCAGUGACAGAAAAAGUUAAUAAAAAAAACUCAAUUUACAAAUUGAAUGUAAAUGAAAAUAAAUGAAAGAGAAAAAAAUACCGACCUAUUAAA